UGUCUGUUUACAUAAGGAUUGUUGUCAUAUGUUCUAAGCUCUGCUUUGUUUUCCAUAUUAAUAAAAUCAAUUACAAUCCUGGUACUUUCACUUGUUUGAACAAGGAUAAAUGUUUUAUAUUUUAAGUUAGGUUUAUGGAAGAUCAAAAUAACUGAAGAUCUUGAUAUUAAAUGAGUUUAUUUCUAAAUUUAGCUCUUUUGAUGGUUAUUAAGGUAUUCCAAGCUGGUAUAGGAUGAGAUAUGGUGGUGUAUACAGUAUUCUUGUGAUGAUCUUGUCUGCAGCUGGAUCAUUAUCUUUCCAUUUUGAAGAUGAUUCAUGAUAAUUUGGUGAUACUGAAAUUUGCAUAGAUUUAUGUUCCAAGAAUCGUGUUUUGGCUCGUAUAACAUAAAAACCUUGUGAAUACUCUGAAGUGGUCACGUUUAUCUGCUUCUGCAUAUCAUGAAUUCUGAGUUGUAGUUGCUCCCCCCUUCUCUUUAUUAGCUUCAUCAGUUGAUAUUUUUCUUGUUAUCUUCUAUUUCUGGCAGACAGGGUUACUUGUUAUCAGCUUCUAGGGUGCUUUAUAAAGUUCGUCAAGGAUUUACAGAUUUCAUUCUUACUUUGCUGAAAUUCAGAGGUUUACAAAAGUUAUUAUGGGAACUGAAGAGGAGAACUCACCUGCCAAGCCUUCUUCCAAACCUACUGUUUCAACACAGGAAAUGCCUACAACACCUUCAUAUCCUGAUUGGUCAUGCCCGGUGCAGGCUUAUUAUGGUGCUGGAGCUGCCCCAGCUCCCUUCUUUGCCUCAACUGUUGCUUCGCCAACUCCGCAUCCAUAUAUGUGGGGAGGCCAGCAUCCUUUAAUGCCUCCAUAUGGCACUCCAGUUCCAUACCCAGCUAUGUAUCCUCCCGGGGGCGUCUAUGCACAUCCUCAUAUGGCCCCUGCUCCAAGCGUUGCACAGAAUAAUACUGAUCAUGAAGGGAAGGAUGCUAAUGGGAAGGAUCGAAGUGCGGCCAAAAAGUCAAAGGGAACUUCAGGAAGCAAGGCUGGAGAAAGUGCAAAGGGAGCUUCUGGCUCUGGAAACGACGGUGGCUCUCAAAGCGGUGAAAGUGGUAGUGAGGGUACAUCAGAUGGAAGUGAUGAGAAUAAUAAUCAAGAACUUGCUACUGGUAAAAAGGGAAGCUUUAACCAGAUGCUUGCAGAUGCCAAUGCACAGAGCAACAACGCUGGGGCCAUAGUUCCUGGUAAACCAAUAGUCCCAAUGCCUGCAACCAACUUGAAUAUAGGGAUGGACCUAUGGAGUGGAUCCCCUGCAGCCACAGGAGCUGCGAAAAUGAGACCUAACUCGUCUGGUGCUGUAGCUGCAGUUCCUACUGGAGUUGUGAUGCCCGAACAGUGGGUUCAAGAUGAACGUGAGUUGAAGAGACAGAAGAGGAAGCAAUCUAAUCGGGAGUCUGCUAGAAGAUCAAGAUUACGCAAGCAGGCCGAGUGCGAAGAGCUACAAGCCAGAGUGGAGAGCUUGGCAAACGAAAACCAUAAUCUUAGAGAGGAACUAAAGAAGCUUUCUGAUGAAUGUGAGAAGCUUACAUCAGAAAAUAGUUCUAUUAAGGACGAGCUGACGCGGAUAUGUGGACCUGAUGCGGUAACUAAUCUAGAGCAAGGCAACGAAGGGAAGAGUUAAUAGGAAACCUACAAGAGGUAACAGGGAGCCAAUGCAGUAGUUUCUUGGCAUCCAGGAACAUUAUUUUCACCAUGGAUUCGGUUUAGUUACUAAUCUAUACCCUUAACCCGUUAUAGCUGUAAUGUCUAUUUUUACAAGCAGAAAGAUGCUUUAACCAGCUUUCAAAUAGUUGUAUUGUUUGUAGUUUAUUGGGAGCAAAACGAUAAUUGGGGAUUGAUUCAGAGUAUUUUCACUUUUGUUUGGAAUACAAGGUUUGAUUUUAUUGCGUUUCUUUACUGAA